CUGAACUUCGCCUAGGUUUUUCCUACGUAAACGGUCGCGCUUGAUGCCAGUUGAUCAGCCAGCACCCAACCAUACGCCCACUGCGACUGACGUGCUAUGGCGACACCGUGGCCUCAGCAGCCCACUGCAUUCCGCGCGCGCGCUACACGCAUCAAUACCUACCUUAACGAAGUACUUAGAUAUAUCGGUCGCAACCGAAGCCACUCCUUACCUGCAUUCCUUGCGAAGAUCAUCGUCUACGGCGCGCUGACGCUUAUACUCUAAAUGUAACGGUUGAGAGGAGAAGCGGAUCACGUGUUGUUGGCGGUGGUCUGGUGUUACUUCCUCAUGUUGUUGAGCACCUCUUACCUUGGCUGUGUUACAAAGACGUCAUCAAAACAAACCCCGCAGCGAGCCUUGGAGAACAUAGAUACAACGACAACAACAACACAGAACACAAG